AUGACUGUCACACAAGGCGUUGGCCCCAAUGGAGUGGCUGUACCCCGUUCCAGUGGAAUCAAAGUGAUUAUCGUCGGGCUCGGGAUUGCUGGUCUGGUGGCUGCCAUUGAAUGCCAUUACAAGGGACAUGUGGUAGUUGGCCUUGAGAGAUCUCCUGAGAUUAGGGUACUCGGAGAUAGUAUCGCUCUGGGGAGCAAUGCGACAAAAGUUCUACAAAGCUGGGACAAUGGCGAGGUCCUGCGUCAGCUCGUCUCACAAUCCGACGAUGUGGCAGCCAUGGAGAUUCUAGACCCCGCGGGGAAGCUAUACGCUUUGGACUCCAUGGAUGGGUAUGGUGUAGGUGAGGGCAUGAUCAUCCACCGCGGAACGUUGGUCCAUGGAUUAUACGAACACGCCAAAUCUCUGGGCAUCGAUUUGCGCUUUGGCUCGGCCGUCACCGAAUACUGGGAGGAUGAGAGUCAAGCUGGGGUGACUGUCAAUGAUGAGCAACGACUCGCAGCCGAUUGUGUCAUUGGCGCGGACGGCGUGCACAGCAAGACACGAGAUUAUGUGCUCGGAUAUCAGAUCGCCCCCGAGCCCUCUGGGCUAGCUGCGUUUCGGGCGUGCUUUAGUGCCAACUUGCUUGCGGGGGAUCCAGAGGCUCAAUGGAUCCUGGAGGAGGCGGGGGUGCAGGACCGUAUGCGAAGGUACAUAACGACUGGCGGUCUCGGGUUGACGUUGGCAACUGGCAAACGCGGCCAGAAUGUGAUUUGGCAGGUCUGGCAUCGGAAUCACGAGAAGGCUGACGAGUCCUGGGAAAAUAUCACCGAUGCCCGGGUUGAAGAUGCGCUUGCUCUACUCAAGGACUGGCCCGCUUACUCUCGCGUGGCUGCUGUUCUGCGACACACGCCUAGUGAAAAGCUCGCGGACUACAAAAUCAUCUCUCGUGAUCCCCUACCGACUUGGGGUUCUCGAGGUGGGCGCAUUAUGGUCAUUGGCGAUGCAGCUCAUGCGAUGUCCGCAAUUGCAGGACAGGGUGGUGGUCAGUCUGUCGAGGAUGCGGCUACUUUAGCCAUUUGUCUGGAACUGGCUGGCAAAAGCCGAGUAAAACUAGCCCUCCAGGUAGUGGAAAAGAUUCGCUACCAGCGCACUAGCAUUAUCCAAGAGAGUGGGAAUGCAAUUUAUAGUCAGAUGCGGGAUCCAGACUGGGAGGCUAUCGAGAAGAAUCCGUCUAUGAUGAAGUUCCCUCGUCCUGAGUGGAUCUUUGGCUACGACGUCCACCGCGAUGUUUACGAGCAGUUCCCAGCUGCGAUGAGCGCGGUUCGGGAUAUAACGGGGUAUCGACCGCGAAAUAUCCCAUCGGACAGCAAGUACCAGGUGGUGCACGAUUACAAGAAACCCGCACAGGCUUGA